AUGUAUUACAGCAGUCCAAUAUGUGCCAAUAUUGACCUCAGCAAAAGCAGUGUGGAUCCGGAGCUGGAGGAUAUUGCUUUUCCGGUUGGAUUUGCUUGGGGUGCAGCUACAGCAGCAUAUCAAAUUGAAGAAGGCUGGAAUGCAGAUGGAAAGGGCCCUAAUGUCUGGGAAUUCACUCAUCAGGGAGGAGAUCGAGUUUUCAAGAACCAGACUGGUGAUGUAGCUUGUGGCAGCUACACUCUGUGGGAGGAAGAUUUGAAAUGUAUCAAACAGCUUGGAUUGACUCAUUAUUGCUUUUCUCUUUCCUGGUCACGUCUGUUACCUGAUGGGACGACAGGUUUCAUCAACCAGAAAGGGCAGUUAUUUGCCUUGGCAAUCCUUCUUUCUUCUCCUGGUUUGAAGAUUGGAAAGAUGGAAUGCUACAAAGAAUAG